AAGCGCUCUACACAUUUCAAAUGAACAUCGUACGGAGUUUUCAUUGGUCAGAUGUGGAGGGGUAAAUUACAAGGGCACGCAUAUGAUUGGUUAACAGAAUUAAGUCCAGCUGAGAGCAACGAAACGCACACGGGAAAGUGUUUCUCGAGACCCAUUUAAUUGGCCGGUGCGAGCGCAGUCAAGUGAGUCACUCGCCGCGCGGUGCUCUUGCAAGUUGGACAGACGCAUUUCGAUUGCUCCAAGUGUCAAGACACAGAUUUCAUGUUUUGACUGGGCUGUCUAUUAAUGAUCAACAGAAGAAGCGAACAUGAAGUCAAAAGUAUUGCUUGAUAAACACGACGAGCCAGUCAAGAAGGGCACAACCUUGCUGACGGCCAAGCCCUUCGCCUACGUGCUCAAGUCCAAACUUCAGGGACAGAGAUGUGAUUUUUGCUUCAAAAGAACUGACGUGAGGAGGUGCUCUGGUUGCCGGUUUGUACAUUAUUGUGGACAGGUCUGCCAAAGAGAAGCUUGGCCUGAGCACAGUGCUGAAUGUGCUGGUUUUAAGAAAGUUGCACCUCGAAUAGUCCCAGACUGCGCUCGCUUAAUGGGCAGGAUAAUUAUGAAGUUAAAGAAAGGAGGUGAUGAAGAAAAGGGUCAAAUCACCAGCAUUAGAUACAGAAAGUUUAAGGAUUUGAUGUCCCAUUAUUCCGAUUUGAAAAACGAUGCUAAGAGAAUGGAACAUUUUGAGUCUUUGGUAGCAGUUUUGAGUGCGUACCUUGGCCAAAACAAUUUACCAAACACCGUUGAGCUUAUGGGAAUCUUCGGAAGGAUUUGCGUCAACAGCUUCAACAUCCUUGACACUGACAUGAUCAGUUUGGGCACUGGCAUUUACUUGGCUGCUACCAUCAUUGACCACUCAUGUCGGCCGAACGCAGUAGCUGUUUUCGAAGGCACAACUAUUUAUAUUCGCUCCACUCAGGAUAUGCCAAGUCUAGAUUGGACAAAGAUAAGAAUCUCAUACAUUGAUCUCUUGAGUAGCUCUCACGACAGGAGAAAAGAGCUGCAUGCAAAUUACUAUUUUCUGUGCGAUUGCGCCCACUGUGCUGAUGUUGACAGUGAGAGCAAAUUUCUCAACUCAAUGCAGUGCAGCAAUUCUGGCUGUGACGGUGCCAUCCCAUUUGCACAGAAGGAGGACGACCACCUGAAAUGCCCAAAGUGCACACAGCAAGUGAAACCGUCGCGAAUUGCUGAUUAUCAAGAAGCUGCUACAUUCACUCAGGAACAGUUGGAAAACAUGAAAGACGUUGCUUAUCUGGAUGUUUGUCGAGUUGUCUUAAGAAAACAAGGCGACCUGUUCCACCCUCUGAACCUUCUGCGAGCCAAGACUCUGGAUUCAGCUUUUGAAAGUGCUAUUGAACUACAGCAAUGGGAAGAUGCUGCUGACUGUGGUCGUAGUCUGUUACCUGCCUACCACCACUAUUACGGCCCAACUCAUCCAUUGGUUGGAAUUCUCUAUCUCAAGUUGGCGAAGAUUCAAAACCUCACUGGCAGCAGCGAGGCCUUUGAAAAUGCCAAGAAAGCAGAAAGUAUAAUCACCAUCACGCAUGGAAGAAACAGCAGUCUGUACAGAGAACAACUGCUACCCCUAAUGCAUCAACUGAGAAGUUAAAUAGGAACUGUGAAAUUUUUUUGAAGCAUAUUUUUCCAGUGGCCAGUUUUAUUAAGCCACAAAAGUAGGGACGUGUCUGUGACACAUAUUUUUUACCAUAGUUUAAUUUUUCUUUAUUUAAAAAGCUGACUUAAAAAGUGGCUAAAUUCCAAAAAUCAUAAUAUUUUAUAAAAAAUUUCCCAGUACAUAAAUGUUUUCCUGUUGAACAAAUAUUUCAUGUUCAAACAAUUUUUUUAUGCUUCAUGUAUAACUGCAUUAAAAUAUUUGUUUGAAAUGGAUUCAAAUAUUUACUUGUUAAUCAACUGAAUGCUCUUAACAAGGGGUUAUAUUUCACUGUAUAUAUUUUGUUUGUUGAUUUGCUUUGCCCGGAUUUUUAAAAAUUUAUUGAAAACGGAGUUUUAUUUCAUUUUUGAGGAAAUUAAUUAUAUUAAAAAAAUAGCAAUUGGAAAAUAAUCCCCUCUCUUGUUUUAUUCAUCCAAUUUUUGUUUAUUUUUAUAAAAAAAAAUAUGUAAAAUAUAAAGUGAGUUAGCAAGAAAACUUUUAGUGGUAAGUAAUUGUAGGAAAAAAAUAUACCAGGAAAAAACAUAUAUGUAAUAUAAUUAGAUACAUGAUGACCUCGACUUAGUUCUUGGUUCCAGGUACUUUUCUUUUCGCUGUAAGGCCUGCUGAUAAUAUUUAUAUGUAUAUACUUUUUCUUUGGAAAAUCUUGUACUGGAACAAAAAAUUAUUAG